AUUGAUGUACAGCUAUAUAUUUUGUCAUUUCUUUCACCACACGAUCUUUGUCAGUUGGGAAGUACAAAUCAUUAUUGGAAUGAAAUUGUGCGGGAUCCAAUUCUGUGGAGAUACUUUCUUUUACGGGAUCUGCCUUGUUGGUCUUCUGUUGACUGGAAGUCUCUUCCAGAUCUAGAAAUCUUAAAAAAGCCUGUAUCUGAAGUCACUGGGAGUACGUUAUGUGAUUACAUGGCAGUUUAUAAAAUGUGCUGUCCAUACACAAGAAGAGUUUUGAAAUCGAGCCGUCCUAUGUAUGGAGCCGUCACCUCCUUUUUACAUUCGUUGAUCAUUCAGAGUGAACCACGGUUUGCUAUGUUUGGACCAGGUUUAGAAGAACUGAAUACGUCUUUGGUGUUGAGCUUGAUGUCUUCUGAAGAACUUAGUCCAACUGCUGGUUUACCUCAUAGACAAAUUGAUGGUAUUGGAUCAGGAGUCAGCUUUCAGUUGAGCAAUCAACAUAAAUUCAAUAUCCUGAUACUGUAUUCAACUACUAGAAAGGAAAGGGAUAGAGCAAGGGAAGAACAUACAAGUGCAGUUAACAAGAUGUUCAACCUACAGCUUGAAGGAGAUGACCAACAAAGAAGCCGAUACAGUGUAAUUCCACAAAUUCAGAAGGUCUGUGAAGUUGUAGAUGGGUUCAUCUAUGUUGCAAAUGCUGAAGCUCAUAAAAGACAUGAAUGGGAAGAUGAAUUUUCUCAUAUUAUGGCAAUGACAGAUCCGGCUUUUGGAUCUUUAGGAAGACCAAUGCUGGUUUUAUCUUGUAUUUCUGAAGCACAUGUGAAAAGAAUGCCCUGUUUUUAUUUGGCCCAUGAGCUGCAUCUCAGUCGUAUAAACCACCCUUGGAUGGUCCAGGAUAUGGAGGCUGAUACUCUCAUUGGCUUUUUGAAUGGCAUUGAGUGGAUUCUUGAAGAAGUAGAAUCUAAGCGGGCAAGAUGAUCCUCAUUUUGGACCUUCAGAACUGUGGAGAAAUUUUGAGACCCAGAAAAAUGAAGAAUUCUAUUACAAAGUCAUGUUAUGUCACUGUUCAGUUUCAUAGUUUUUGGUGACCGGAGAAGAAUUCAUCUCACAGAUCUCUGGCCAGUGAGGAAGUGAUUUCGAAGUGAAAAUAGUUUAUUGCAAAGCAGGAUAUGGCUCACAGACAAGCCAGGACUCCCCCCAGAGCGUGGGCAACAUGAGUUACUUUGUUUGGGUUUCUCUUAUUUUGCUAUACUUUUUGACUUUGUUUAUUCCCCACCCUAUUACAUAUUCAUGAUUUACUCCUGUACUGCUUUCAGUUUUGAAGUAUGCAUGCAUUUCCCCCUUUUUCUGGAGCCUGAAGCAGGUAAUAAUGACAGUCAAGGUACAUGCUCUGCUGAGUGAAAAAUCCCUUUAUGAUUAGUUUAAGUUUGGGUAUAUCAAGAAGUGAAUGUUAGUAUCUGGGGAAGUAAGUGUGGGAGGGCCUCACCUUUGACACUAACAUUCUAAAUUGGACUGCUCCAUGUCAUUCUCUGAAAUGAUUAUUCUACCACAUGACAGCUAUUUUACAGGUAUAAUUAGCUAGUCAUAUAAAAAGUCAGUGUUAAUUAAAAUUCUAUUACCACCAUUAAAAACUUGUAAAAUAUGCCCUUAUAAAUGGUGUGUUCUAAAACUGCUGUUAAAAUAAGUAUAUGCUAGAGAAAUAUGUGUUUUAUUUAUACCCAGAUUGAGUAUAAUUUCUUAUAUUAUUGUCAGAAGUUUCCCUGAACUUUGAGAUUUGUCUAAUUCCUCUAUUGAGGAAUUUUCAGUGGUUUGCCAUUUCCUUAAAGAUAAGGUCUAAAAUUUCUAGUCUGCUAUAACUGUAGGAAAGAGAAACUUUCUUAGGCUUUUUGCCACUUUUGGUGACAUAAAAAUAUUAAUGCGUUGUGAUAUUGUAAUUGUUACCGUGAUGGUGAACUGUAUUUAUGAAACAUUUAAACUUUAUUCAUGAAACAUUCCUAAAUAAAUCAGAUAAAAGUAUGAGACUA